AUGUUCUGCAGCACCCGGCCGCCUCCUCUGGGCACUGCGCGGGGUUCAACCGCGGCGGCGACCGCUGCGCAGGCGCGCAACGCCCGCGGGGUCUUUCGUCUGCGCUGGGAGCGGGACGGGCGCAGCCAUGUUGGCACCGGGAGCGGCGGGAGCCUGCGGGCUCUUGGUGCGGGCGGCGAGCCGGGCCCUGAGCCUGAGCCACGGCCGGGUGAGUGCGGCACCGGGAGCGGGGGCGGAGCGGGCCCCGCAGCCGCAGUGCUCACGGCCCGCCCCGUGCAGGGCACGGUGGUGGUGGGAGCGCUGGUGGCAGGUCCGCUGAGCAAGGAGGGGAGGCCGCCCCGCGCGAACCUGCGGCGGCACCGCGUGUACCGGCUGGUGGAGGACACCAAGCACCUGCCCAAGGGCGAGCUGGAGCAUCUCACCCGCGCCGUGGAGGGCCUGGGCAGGCGGGGGGACCUGGUCAGCGUGAAGAAGCACGUGGGUCGGAACAAGCUGCUGCCGCAGGGACUGGCCGUGUACGCGUCGCCGGAGAACAGGAAGAUGUUUGAGGAGGAGAAGCUGCACCAGGAAGGGAAGAUGGAAGUGCAGCAAACCCAGAGCGGGGAGAGGACCAUCAAGUUCCUCAAGAGCUGCCGCCUCGAGGUGGGCAUGAAGAACAACGUCAAGUGGGAGCUCAACAACGAGAUCGUGGCUCGGCACUUCCUCAAAAACCUGCGGGUUUUCGUGCCACCCCAUGUGAAGCUGCCGGAGGAGCCCAUCACCCGGUGGGGCGAGUACUGGUGCGACGUGACGGUGAACGGGCUGGACACGGUGCGGGUGCCGAUGUCGGUGGUGCAGUUCCUGCGGCCCAAGACCAAGCGCUACAAGCACUGGCUGGCACAGCACCAGGCACGACUGGCGGCACGCAGGGAAGAACAGCUCUGAGCUGGGGUGGGGGGGGCUCAGGGUGCUGCCCCCCGGGCCCUCCCCAGCUCCUCCUGGAUCCGUCCUGGCAGCUCCGGAUGCGUGAAAUACACUGAGGGGGGGGGGCAGG